AUGGCAGGCUACCCCUACACGCUUGGUGAAAAGGUGACUGUGCUGAGAUACUUGAUAGUACGAAUCAUGAGGCCCCUCGCCAUUACUGGGGUGGUCGUGGAGCUUGGGCCGAAGCAGUACGAAGCCAAUCUCGCAACUCGCUUCUUCGCAAGCCAAGGCAUAGAAGGUGGUUGCAAAUACUACACAGACCUUAUGAUGAGGACUGGAAGCCACAUGGGGCCACUGGCAGCACAAGGCGAAGUCCCAGACUCUUUUCAGGCUAUCUUCGGCACGCCACUCUUCGAAUACUUCCAAGAGCACCAUGAAUACGGCCGGGCGUUUAACGACUUCAUGAUUGUGCGCCAGUCAAAGUCCACAAAAUGGUUUGAAGUGUAUCCAGUGCGAGCGAGAAUGGAAGAAGCCAGGACGGAUGAGUCAGAUGCGCUGCUCGUCGACGUCGGAGGUGGCAGCCGGCACUGGGCUCAAGAGUUUCGAAGUGCCAUGCCAGCUCAGGAGUACCGUGGGCGCGUAGUCGUUCAGGAUCAGCCGAGCGUGGUCAGCAGCAUACAGCUUGACGAGAUCGAGGCUAUGGCCUACGACUUCUUUACUCCACAACCAAUCGAGGGAGCACGAUUCUACUUGUUCAAGCAGGUGAUCCACGACUAG